UGGGAAAUAUAAGACACUUCAUGCAAUGAAUCGUCUUCGUGUACCUUUUAUUCGUGAUGGUUUAAUUAGAAAAUAUGGACAUGGGAAUAGUUCAGCAGAUGCACUGAAGGGAUUGAAGCUGCUUGAUGUUGGAUGUGGAGGAGGAAUACUCACAGAGGCUUUGGCAAGUUUUUCCGCUGAUGUAACAGGCAUUGAUCCAUCUGAGGAACUCAUAGCUAUCGCCAGGGAGCAUGUAAAGGAGAAUUGCCUCCUUUCACAGAGAAUAACUUAUAAAAUUGAGACAAUUGAGGAGCAUUCAGCUCGAAAUCAAGGAAAAUACGAUGCAGUAAUACUUUCAGAAGUAAUUGAGCAUGUAAAUGAACAAGAAACUUUUUUAAAACUCUGCAUUGAUGCUGUAAAGCCCGGAGGAUCAAUUUUUCUUUCAACGUUCAAUAGAACUCCGCUAUCAUAUUUUUGGGGAAUAUUUCUAGCAGAGGAUGUCUAUAAAGUUAUACUGAAGAACACUCAUGAAUGGAGCAAAUUUAUUUCACCUCAAGAAACGCAAAGGAUCUUUGAGACAAAUGACUGCAAAGUUGAACAGCUCAAAGGACUCCUGUAUUUGUACUCUCCUUGGAAUACUUGGGUGUGGACUAAAUCAACUGCAGUGACUUAUAUUCAGCAUGCUGUAAAAAAUUGUAAUUAA